UUCCGGAGCGACUCCCGCCAUGGUGCGGUUUAAGAACCGGUACUUCCUCUGCGAGAUCAUCUCCGAAGACCCUCGCUGUCGGCAGUUCAUUGAGGAGCGCAUCGUGCACAGUGCGGUGAAGAAUGCAGUUGCAAGAAUACAUGGAGACUUUGGAGUCGCCUGUUGCUCAAUUGCUUUUUCAGUAAAAUACCUGAAUGCCUACACGGGAGUGGUUCUCUUCUGCUGCCGGAAAUAUUUUUAUCGGCUUCUGUGGUCGUCUCUUCCCUUUAUUACUCAGUUAGAAAAUAGGAGCCAACACUGCCCCUGUUCUUUUAACACCCUUCAUGUUGGAGCAACAAUACGCACGUGUCAGAAAUUCCUCAUUCAGUACAACAGGGACCAGCUACUGCUGCUCUUACGGAACUGUACCAAUGAAGCUGAUAGAGAAGCUAUCCGGAAGUCGGUCGAGAGCUGUGUGCUGGUGGGAGUGGAGCAGUUCCAGAGUAAAGAGGAAGAGAGUGAGGAGAACAUGGACUGAAUUACAUCACUCCUGAAGUGCAAGGAGAAGGGUUGUGUGCUUCUCAUGGGCAAGGAUCAGCACUUGCCCCCCCCCAAUUCUAUUUUUAUUUUAUUUUUACAUGUCUGUUUAUAAAACUAGCUGAAGCUGUGUGUAUUGCACCAAUCUGCCUCCCACAGGCCUCUGCUCCUGUUUGCUCCAGGGGAGGGGAGGGAAGCUUUUGACCCAUAGGAAAACCACAAGGAGCUGGACACUGGGUGGAAAUUAUGGUGUAGCAUGAUGUCUGUUUUCUGAGUGUGGCUUUAGUGCAUUUCCUAGAAAACUAAGACCAUGAAUGCACAAGGACAGCCCAACAGUGGGGUCCACUGGUGGAUUUGCAGAGUGCAGUUCGCAAGUCUGCAAAGAUGGCAGCCUGGGCAGCAAGUAAGCGUGGUUGGCAGCACCCAACAGCCCACGGAGUAGGCAAAAUGGUGUCCUUCCUUCUCAGAUAGGAGCAGCAAAAGGCUACCCAAGUGAAAUCCCACUUGACGAGCAGCAGCAAAUCCAGAAGAUUGUUUGGGAUGUAAUUAGCAAGAGUUAACAAGAUCUGAAUUUGGAAGAUGCACGUUUUUGUACAUUUUCCUUUUUUUGAAUCAUUCUGAUAAUUUCAUAUUGUAGUUGGGUUUAUUAUUUUGAAGGCAUACCACAAACAGAGACUAGAAUUCUUUGCAGAAUACUGUUCUAAGAGGCUAAACAAUGAAAUAAAAAACCAAAAUUUCAUGAGUGUGCAUUGUUUUCAAGGGUGUGU